GAGAGUGGAGAGUAGAGAGAAGAAGGUUGUGCGAUGGACAGUGUAGAGUAAGACCAAUGGUCAGAGUUCUGUAGACACUGAAAGCUUGCAGGAGUAGUUUGAGGAGUUUAUACAGUGAACACUGUAAGAUAUUAUGGAUCCGUUGAAUGGCUUUUGCCACUGUGCUUUAUAUCUAACUAACUUUACUUAUGAUGGAGCACCAUAUCCAAAUAACAUGACUGGUAGGAUAAAAGAGAGGGACAUUAUCUUCACCAUGAUUGACCCAGAGCUACAGGACCAUGGCCUUGUCAGUGAGGUUGAUGGUUUCCAGCUGACAAGACCCAGUUCACCUGUACCCAGUGGUGUGUCUCUGAAGAGUGACAGGUCCAUGAAAAUGCCAAUUAAUUAUAGCAAAGAAGCUUUGGCAGCAGAAGAAAGCUCUCAGCUGAAAAGGUCCAGUUCACCUGAUCCCAGUUAUGAGUCUCUGAAGAGUGAUAGGUCCAUGAAAAUGCCAAUCAAUUACAGUGAAGACCCUAUGCCACCAGAAGAAAGUUUUCAGCUGAAACGACCCAGUUCACCUGGACACAGUGGUGUGUCUCUGAAGAGUGACAGGUCCAUGAAAAUGCCAAUCAAUUAUAGUGGAGAACCUUUGCCACCAGAAGAAAGUUCUCAGCUGAAAAGAUCCAGCUCAUCUGUACCCAGUAGUGUGUCUCUGAAGAGCGAUAGGUCCAUGAAAAUGCCGAUCAAUUACAGUGGAGAGCCUUUACCCCAAGAUGAAAGUUUUCAGCCAGAAAGAUCCAGUUCACCUCUACUCAGUGGUGUCUCUCCGAAAAGUGACAGGUCCAUGAAAAUGCCAAUCAAUUACUGUGAAGAACAUUUACUACAUUUACUACCAGAAGAAAGUUUGCAGAUGAAAAGCUCUUGUUCACUUGUUCCCAGGGGUGUGUCUGUAAAGACUGAUGGGCCAGUGAAAAUGCCAGUCAACUGUAGUGAAGAAUGUUUAACACCAAAAGAGAGAUUUGACUUAGACACCCUGGAGGCACAGAGCAAAACACUAAAAUUAAUCUUGAGAGAGAGAUACCAGCAUUUAUUUGAGGGAAGAGCACAACUGGGGAACCCAGUAACUCUCAAUGAGAUCUACACAGAGCUCUACAUUGUGGAAAGCAUGAAUGAAGCUCACAGCUGUCACCAUGGUGUGAGCCAUUUUGAAGCAGCAUUAAAAGGGGUAAAGGGGGGCACACAUAUCAAAUGCAAUGAUAUUUUCAAUCUUACAUCUGGAUAUGACAAGCCCAUCAAGACUGUGCUGACAAAGGGAGUGGCUGGCAUUGGAAAAACUGUCUCUGUGCAGAAGUUUGUUCUGGACUGGGCAGAAGGCAAAGCAAAUCAGGAUGUCCAUUUCAUAUUUCCACUUUCUUUCAGGGAGCUAAAUUUGAUGAGGGUUAAAAAAUACAGUCUGAAUGACCUUCUUCAGGAUUUUUUCAUGAAAGGAAUCGAUGCAAGUUCACCCCAAUUUGCAAAUUCUCUUCUUAUGAUUUUUGAUGGUUUGGAUGAGUGUCGCCAUCCUUUAGAUUUUCAGAACAAUGAGAGUUUAUGUGAUGCAACAAAGGCAAGCACAGUAGAUACCCUGUUAACAAACCUCAUCAAGGGGAAUCUGCUUCCCUCUGCACAAAUCUGGAUAACGUCUCGACCUGCGGCAGCUGAACAGAUCCCCACUGAAUGUAUUGAUCGAGUAACAGAAGUACGAGGAUUCAGUGAUCCACAGAAGGAAGAGUACUUCAGGAAGAGAAUCACAGAUCAAAGCCUGGCUAACAGAAUCAUUACUCACCUGAAGUCACUGAGGAGCCUCUAUCUCAUGUGCCAAAUUCCAGUCUUCUGUUGGAUUGCAGCCACUGUGUUAGAGAGAAUGGUGGCGGACUGUGGUUGGGAUAAAAUACCAAAGAGUUUAACUGAGAUGUAUACGUACUUCCUGAUCACACAGAUCAACAGUAAAAAAGCAAAGUACUCAGACAACAAAGUCUCAGAUAAAGAAAUGAUCUUCAAGCUUGGGAAGCUCGCCUUUGAGCAGCUUGAAAAAGGCAAUCUGAUCUUCUAUGAGGAAGAUCUGAAAGAGUGCGGUAUUGAUGUCCGAGAAGCAUCUGUGUACUCUGGAGUCUUCACACAGAUCUUCAGGGAGGAGUUUGGGCUUUUCCAGAGGAAAGUAUUCAGCUUUGUGCAUCUGAGCAUUCAGGAACAUCUUGCAGCUCUAUAUGUGUUCUUGUCCUUCCACAACCACAAGCAAAACGUGCUCAAUCCAGACUCCAGUGUAUCUAAACAUCCUUUAACAAUGUUAAGUUUGCUCCAAUAUGCACUUCAUAAAGCCUCUAUGAAUGAAAGCGGUCAACUGGAUCUCUUCCUUCGUUUUCUCAUGGGCUUCUCACUACAAUCCAACCAGAGCCUCCUGCAAGACCUAUUGGUACAGGGAAGCAGCAAUCCUGAGGCUGUAACAGGAACCAUUAACUAUCUGAAGAAACAAAUUCAACAUACCUACUGUUCUCAUAUGUUUCUCAAAUGCUUCCAUUGUCUCAAUGAGCUUAAUGACAGCUCUCUUGUGGAUGAAGUCCAAACCUUCCUGAGGAACAGAAACCUAAAUGAGGACAAACUAUCUCCUGAACUCUGGUCAGCAUUAGUAUUCAUCAUAGUUAGGUCAGAUGAGAACUUGGAUGUGUUUGAACUUAAUAAAUAUGGCACCUCAGAUAAAGCUCUUUUAAACUUGCUUGCUGCAAUCAAGAUGUCUAAGACAGCCAGGCUCAGUAACUGUAACAUCACAGUGAAAGGCUGUGCAGCACUAGCUAUAGCUCUUCCCAUCAUGAAAGCCACAAAGGAGCUGGAUCUUAGUCACAACAAUGUGCAAGAUGCUGGAGUGAAGAUGCUCUGUACUGGAAUCCAAGGCGACACUAUAGAAGAAAAAUUAUUGAAUUGCUCUGGUAUUACCACAGAGAGUGGUAUAAACCCCUUAUGUAAGAGAGAGCAGGCCCUGGUGUGUGAUAGCAUGACAAACUUGCUUCACCAUUUCAUGCACUCAUUAAAUCAGAAUCAUUCCAUAAAGGAAUUCCCAGGACUGCAGGGCACAGAGUGUAACAUCGAAAUCCUAAGGCUGAAUAACUGUGGUGUUUCGAGUGUAGGCUGUGGUUUUCUAGCUUUAGUUCUGAGUUCAAACACCUCAAACCUGAAGGAGCUUGACCUGAGUCAGAACAAAAUUGGAGACUCGGGAAUAAAAAUGCUUUCUGAUGCAUUGAAGAAAACUUCAUGUAAAUUGAGCACUCUAAAGCUAAUUGAGUGUGGCAUCACAGAGAAAAGCUGUGCAGCUCUGAUCUCAGUUCUUAGCUCUGAGUCUUCAUGUCUGAGAGAACUGGACCUGAGUCAUAAUCACCUGAAGGAUUCAGGCGCAAAGCUGCUGUCUGUUGGAGUGGGAAACCCAUACUGCAAACUACAAAAACUUACGCUGUACCACUGCAAAAUUGCCAGAGAAGGCUAUGCUGCUCUGACUGAAGCUCUGCAAUCAAGUCCCUCACUUCAGAUACAGUGCUGUCUAAAGGACAAUGACACCAGAGACUCCAAAAUGCAGCUGCUGUCUGAUUCAGCAUAGUUCACAAAUCAGACUCAAUCAGCAAAGUGCAAGACUUCAGAUGUCUUAUAGCUCUGGAAUCCAUUCUUAAGCUAAUGUACAGAUAAAACAGACCUGUCCGGAUAUUAUCAGUCAUUUUACAACAACAUUACACUCAUUUUACCUGAGUAAUAGAUUACUCUAUGCAAAGGUUUUCUUUUUUUUGUUUUACAAAUAUUUCCAGUUAGUAUUCAUGUGUUGAUAUUAAAUGUUGCAUUGUUUGUAAUAAUAUGUAAUAAUAAUAUGUAAUAAUAAAAUUUGAGAACUCAACUACCAAAUUAACAAGUUAGAAUAAAUGUUAGUUGAAUUAAGGUUGCAUGAAUUGCAUUUGAAGCCUUCAUUUUGCAUUCAAAAAAGAGAACAUUUAUAGCUGUUUCUGAACACUCUAAGCUUGUUUAUACCCAAGUCUAUAUCCUAUUAAACAAUAAUAAUGUUUAAUACUGUAUUUUCCAACUGAGGUUUCAUGAUCAUAUCUCAUGAUCCAUAUUUUACAGGCUGAAUUCCAAUUCUGGUGUCCUUGUACUAAAUAAUAACAUUUAUCUUCUAGAAUUUAGACUUUUUUGUUGAGUAGAUUUGCUGCUUCAUCCCUGAAACACCUGGAGGCUUUUUUUCAUAAAGAAUGAUCCACUACACAACAUUAUUAGAAUAUCGUUGCUGUCAGAUCAAAACCUUGUAUUUUUUCAGUUUUUGACAUAAUUUGAAAAUACCACAGUCCUAUAUAUUGUGUGUUAAUUCCAUGAUUAAUAGGCCAAAAGAAAUUAUGUAAAUUAUGUAUUACUUGGGAAAAUGUCUGGUUCCAUUGACUUACUUUAAAAAUAGAGUAUGUUUUUAUCUUCUCCUGCAAAGUUACAAUUUUGGAGAUAUGAGGUUUUGAUCUGAGAACAGCUGUUAGAUCCUAAUGUCAGUGUGUACUGAUCAAUGCACAAUCCGGGGUUCAUGACUAUAUCAUGAACUAUGGGGUUCAGGCCUAUGGUAUGCAUAAGGCCUUAGGGCUUGCGUCAUACAAAGGCCUCAGCUCAUUUUUGUGCAUUCACAUGGUUAGUUGUAACUCAUAGUGGCAAAGUUAUCCGAUCAGCAAUGUUCUAAAAAUGAUCUGUUGUUUAGGCUCCAUGUACCCGGACGUCAUAAACGUCCUUGGGGGCCCUUGUCCACCUAUAACUCCACCCAUCCAUCCAUUUUCUAAGCUGCUCUCCCUCAGGGUCGUGGGGGGUGCUGGAGCCUAUCCCAGCAGUUAUCAUGCGGAAGGCAGGAUACACCCUGGACAGGUUGCCUAAUCCUGGGGGCCCUUGUCCACUUAUAACUCUAUUUCAUCCAAUGCUCUCUCUCUAUUGUCUUCUCACAUGAUCAUGUGAUGGUCAUGUCAUUUGUGUGUAUAUAAACUCUGCUAUUCUGAUUAAUAAAUGGGAAAAACCUUCUGAGUACA